UUGAAAUAGGUCUGAAAUGGUCAGAGUGCUGUGCACUUGUUAACUCUUAACGCUUAAUAUUCUGAUCAUUUAGAAGGUGGUUUUUAAAGUAGUCUAGGGCAAGGACAUGGCACUGUUCUAUAAUGUGGACAGGUGGAUUGAAGAGAAUAGAUCAAGUUUUAAUCCUCCUGUGUGCAACAAACUCAUGCACGGUGGCCAGCUAAAGGUCAUGUUUGUUGGAGGACCCAAUGAAAGGAAAGAUUAUCAUAUUGAAGAAGGAGAAGAGUUGUUUUACCAGCAGAAAGGUGACAUGUGCCUGAAGAUCCUAGAAAAAGGAAAGCAUAAAGAUGUACACAUUCGAGAAGGAGAGAUGUUCUUGUUGCCAGCACGAAUUCCCCAUUCUCCGCAGCGUCAGGCUAACACCGUUGGGCUGGUUUUUGAAAGGACUAGACUGGAAUCAGAACUGGAUGCACUCAGAUAUUAUGUAGGGAAUUCUACUGAUGUGCUGUUUGAGAAAUGGUUCUACUGUAUGGAUCUGGGCACCCAGCUGGCACCAGUAAUAAAGGAAUUUUUUGACUCUGAAGAAUAUAAAACCGGAAAACCAAAUCCAGACAAAUUACGGAAAGAACUUCCAUUUUGCAUAAACACUGUCAGUACUGUUAUGGAGCCCUUUUUGUUAAAAGACUGGCUCCGCAGCCACAGUCAAGAUAUUAAAAUGAAGCAGGUUGUGGACAUGUUCGGUGACUACUUUGAAACUCAGACAGCAGUAUUUGGGUCUGGACAAAGUGAAGACAAGGGAAAUGCAGACUCUUGGCUAUGGCAGUUGGAGGGCACAUCGCUGGUGGUAAUGGAUGGCAAAACUACCAACCUAACAGCAGGAGAUAGCCUUCUCAUACCAUUGAAGACUAAGUACACUUGGAAAAGGGCUGAAGGAACUAUCGCACUUCGUGUCAUUCAGGACCCAGCAAGGAAGAGAUCCUAUGAUAAAUGAGACACCUUAAAGCGCAGAAUGAUCUUCAUCUGUUUUACUUGAAAUAAUUUGAAAUUAAUUUUCAAUAUUGAAAACACAAAUUUUGAAUAGAUAAAUCCAUUAAUAUCCAAGGGUUUGAAAUCCCAAAAGGGACUGAAAACAAUUAGAUUAUUCUGUGGAUCACGUUGUGAACAGAAUUAUAAGAAUGUUUCAGAUAUAUUAGAUCUUAAUCAAUUUGCAACCAAAUACCUUAAUUCCAAUGAUUUCCUGGAAGUCAUUGCUUUGCUGUAAUAAUAGUGGUAUUUAAUUUUAUUAUUGUCAAUUGCAUCAUAUGCCAACUAUGUAAAUACAAAUCUCACAAUUGUAAAAUAAAAAUGUCAAAGUCUGAAAAGCAAAACAAA